GUCCAAUGAAAUACGCAGGGCACUGGGAUAGAUCCUCAGACGGAAAGUGCAGCCCGGGAGUCUGAAGCCCAGGAGGUGGAGACGUGGUUCCCUGUGCAGGAGACAGGGGAGCUUUGUGCCGGGCGCUUCUCCAUCUCUCCAUCCUCCCACGGUCCGGCAACAUGCGUAGGCUCCUCUUUUGCACUCUGCUCAUUACUGGGCUGACACAGCUCUGCUGCAGGACACAGGGCAGUGCACCGCAAGACUCGACCCCUGGAGGGCAGCCUGGAGCAGCAUUGGAGGUGUAUCAGCGUGCAGAGGUCUGCCGCUGGCCCUGCAGAUGCCCCCCGCAGAGGCCCACUUGUCCUCCUGGGGUGAGUUUGGUGAGGGAUGGCUGUGGAUGCUGCAAAGUCUGUGCCAAGCAACCAGGAGACACCUGUAACGAAGCCGAGAUCUGCGACCCCCACAAAGGCCUGUACUGUGACUACUCCGGGGACACGCCUAGGUACGAGACAGGCGUGUGUGCAUAUCUUGUGGCAGUUGGAUGUGAGUUCAACAGGGUCUAUUACCAGAAUGGCCAAGUAUUUCAGCCCCAUCCACUAUUCAGCUGCCUCUGUGUGAGUGGGGCCAUUGGAUGCACACCCCUCUUCAUCCCCAAGCUGGCUGGCAGCAACUGUUCUGCAGCUAAAGGAAGAAGGAAGACUGAUCCCCCAAACUGUGGCCGGGGAACCCUGCAGAAGCAGGAGUCAGCAAGCUACAAGACAAUGUCAGCUUAUAGGAAUCUCCCACUUACUUGGAGGAAAAAAUGUCUUGUGCAAGCAACAAAGUGGACUCCCUGCUCCAGAACGUGCGGAAUGGGAAUUUCUAACCGGGUAACCAACGAAAACGCCAACUGUGAAAUGAGAAAGGAGAAGAGGCUGUGCUACCUCCAGCCCUGCAGCAGGAACACAUCACAGGCAGUGGAGAUCCCCAGAGGAGCAACAUGUCAACCCACUUUCCAACUCCCCAAAGCUGAAAAAUUUGUUUUUUCUGGAUGCUCAAGUACUCAGAGUUACAGACCCACUUUCUGUGGAAUAUGCCUGGACAAGAGAUGCUGUGUCCCCAACAAGUCUAAAAUGAUUACUGUUAGCUUUGACUGCCCCAGUGAAGGGUCGUUUAAGUGGCAGAUGCUGUGGAUCACAUCUUGUGUGUGUCAGAGGGACUGCAGAGAACCAGGAGAUAUAUUUUCUGAGCUCAGGAUUCUAUAGAGCCAAACAGGGAGGCAAGGUUAAGGCUAAGCCAUUCAUGCCAUAAGGAAAACCCUGAUGUAGCUACACAAGGGCGAAAAGCUUACUUAAGGGACUUAACACACAGAUAGUGACCAUUCUUUGCUUGCUAUAUUUGUGACAAGAGAAGAUUCUAAAACAUAUACUAAUAAAACAAAAACGAAUGCUUGAAGAAUUUUAA